AUGGCUGGUGUUAGUAAAGCUUGUUGCUCUAUCCCGCCUGUUAUUUCCAAGGGAUAUGAAGCCAAGGGUGAAUAUAAGACCUUUGGUGGAUUGAAGACCUAUGUCACUGGUCCCGCUGAUGCUACUCGUGCCAUAUUUGUCAUCUACGAAGAUAUCUUUGGCUUCUUCCCCCAAACCCUCCAAGGCGCUGAUAUCCUCGCCAACGCCGAUCAGGACCAGAAAUACCGCGUCUACAUGCCCGAUUUCUUCGAAGGUGAACCCGCUGAUAUCUCCUGGUACCCACCCACCACCGAGGAAUAUAAACAGAAACUUGGAAAUUUCUUCCAAACCCGUGCCGCCCCCCCAGGCCAUCUCGCCCGGAUCCCAGGUAUUAUUACAGAUGCCAACAAGGAAGCUAGCAGCGGCAGUGGAUUCACUUCUUGGGGCAUCCUAGGAUACUGCUGGGGUGGUAAAGUUGCUAAUCUCGCCUUAGGCAAGAAUACCCUAUUCAAGGCUAGUGUGCAGGCCCAUCCAGCUAUGCUAGAUCCUAAUGAUGCGAAAAAUGUCUCUGUGCCAAGUGCAUUAUUAGCAUCAAAGGAUGAGGAUCCUGCUGCUAUCAAGGGUUAUGAGGCUAACCUAAAGGUUGUUAAGUUUGUUGAUACUUAUCCCACGCAGAUCCAUGGAUGGAUGGCGGCUAGAAGUAAUUUGGAAGAUCCGGAGGUCAAGAAGGAAUAUGAACGUGGAUAUCGGGCUGUGUUGGACUUUUUCCACCAGCAUCUGUGA